CUGCCUCUCCUCAGCAAUCUGUCUCAUGAAGUCACUGCCCAGCAGCCACUCAGUGAGCUGUGCGAGAUCCACACAGUUCAGGAGACUCCUCAGCCCGGUCCGCUCAGGGGUGACAGCUGCAGCAGCCUGCUCAUAUGGAAGUACCAGCAGCAACCCCCGACAACAUGCACUCAUGAACGCUUCAGCACGCCGUCAUUUGCGCAGGCACUCAUGAAUUCGGAUAAAAAUGUGUACCUCGGUAGAGACAAAGGCAUCAUGCGGAAGAGAGCCCUGCUCCUCAGGAAGGGUUGCAGCUUCGAGAUAACCAGCUCUGCCUCAGAGGACUUGGGCUGCAGGCGUGGAGACUUCAGCAGGAAACACUAUGGUUCGGUCGAGCUGCUGAUUUCCAGUGAUGCAGAUGGGGCCAUUCAGAGGGCAGGGCGCUUCAGGGUGGAGAAUGGUUCAUCAGAUGAGACUUCCGACUACACUCCAGGAACCUGGAGGAGAACGGAUGUCCAUCUGGAGAAUCCAGAGUACCACACCAGAUGGUUCUUUAAAUACUUCUUGGGUAAAGUCCACCAGAACUAUGUGGGCACAGAUGCUGAGAAGAAUCCUUUCUACCUGUCAGUUGUCCUCUCAGACCAGAACAACCAGCGGGUCCCUCAAUACAGAGCCAUUCUCUGGAGGAAGACGGGUACUUUGAAGAUCAGCCUCCCCUACAGCCCGACCAAAACACUAUCAGUCAAGUCCAUUCUCAGUGCAAUGAACAUGGACAGGUUUGAGAAAGGCCCCCGGGAGAUCCUCAACGCUGAGAUUCAGAAGGAUCUGCUGGUGUUGGAGGAACAGGAGGGUUCUGUCAACUUUAAAUUUGGUGUACUGUAUGCCAAAGAUGGACAGCUGACAGAUGACGAGAUGUUCAGUAAUGAGACGGGGAGUGAGAAUUUUGAGAAGUUUCUCAAUCUGCUGGGUGACGCCAUUACACUUCAGGGAUGGGCAGGCUACCGUGGGGGGCUGGACACCAAGAACGACACUACAGGAAUUAAAUCCAUCUACACAGUGUAUCAAGGCCAUGAGCUCAUGUUCCACGUGUCCACAAUGCUGCCCUAUUCUAAAGAAAACAAACAGCAGGUGGAGAGAAAAAGGCACAUUGGAAAUGAUAUCGUUACCAUAGUAUUCCAGGAAGGGGAUGAUGCGUCGUCAUCCUUUAAACCAUCAAUGAUUCGAUCACACUUCACCCAUAUUUUUGCUUUAGUUAGGUACAAUAGCCAGAACGACAGUUACAGGUUGAAGAUUUUCUCGGAGGAGAGUGUUCCUCUGUUUGGACCCCCUCUCCCGUCUCCGCCUGUUUUUACUGAUCACCACGAAUUCAGGGACUUUUUAUUAGUCAAAUUAAUCAAUGGAGAGAAAGCCACACUGGAGACGCCGACAUUUGCCCAGAAGCGUCAGCGGACUCUGGACAUGUUGAUCCGCUCGCUCUACCAAGACCUCAUGCCUGACUUGCAUAAGGUUCCAUUUUCUCCUCAGAAUAUGUUAAACCGGCGGUCCUUCAGCGACGUGCUGCCCGAGUCUCCGAAGUCUGCGCGCAAGAAAGAGGAGGCGCGGCAGGCCGAGUUUGUCAGGAUAGGGCAGGCUCUGAAGUUGAAGACCAUCGUGAGAGGAGAUGCACCGACGAGCCUUGUUACCACAGGCCUGUGCAGGAAAGAGCCAUGGGAGUCUCAGUCAUUCUGCAGCACAUUCCCCUAUGAGAUCGUGUGUGCUGACUCCUGGGGCCAGUCUCUGCUGGCCGCCACCGACGCAGCAGGAGUGAUGCUGCUGGAUGGCCCUGAUCCAGCUUUGCCCAGCAGCGAGCCUCAGACUGUUCCCCCGGUGCCAGUGUUUGACAAAACGAUGGCAGUCAAGCAGAUGCACGUUCUUGAGCCUCAGGACCUGCUGAUCACCCGAGCUGAUAAAGGAAAGGACGCUCGGCUCUAUGUGUUCAGGCUCGGCACGAUCAAGAGGGGCCUGGAGGAAAGGCAGCUCGUCCGAAGCAAGUGUGACUGCCGGGAGAAUAAACUGGAGAAGACUAAAGGUUGUCAUUUGUACUCCAUCAACACCCACCACGGCUCAGAGCUGAGAAUAGUCGCAGCCAUUAGGACCAAACUCCUGCUCAUUACCAGGAAGCAUCCCCGUUUCAGCGCCGUGGCCACAACAGACUCGCCGGUGGAGGAGUUUCAGUACAUACGGGAGAUCUGUCUGUGCGACCCGCCGGUGGUGAUGGCGCUGGUGGACGGCCCGACGGGGGAAAACGACAACAUGAUCUGCGUGGCGUACAAACACCAGUUUGACCUGAUCAAUGAGAGCACCGGGGAUGCCUAUCGGCUACAUCACGUCGAUGCCAACAGGGUAAACUUUGUAGCAGCCAUUGAUGUGUACGAAGACGGGGAGGCGGGUCUGCUCUUGUGUUACAACUAUAUUUGUUACUAUAAGAAGGUUUGUCCGUUUAACGGCUCCACACCGAUGAUCCAGUCCAAUACACCUGACUUCCACUUCAGCUGGAACCAGAUGCCCAAUGCUAUCGUGUGUGCUUUCCCUUACAUCCUGGCGUUUACAACAGACUCCAUUGAGAUCCGGCUUGUGGUCAACGGGAACCUCGUGUACACGGCAGUGGUUCCAGAGCUGCAGCUGGCUGCUUCACGGUCAGACAUCUAUUUUGUCUCGUCUGCGCCGGUGAGCUCAGCCUCCAAUUGCAGUUCAAGAGACACCAGUUCUCACAGCUCCCCACAGACGCCCACCGGCUAUGAGAUGCCCGUGUUUCCUUCGCCACUCGGUGAUGAUUCUAUACGGAUCCCCUAUGGUACCAAGCUUUCCCUGUACAUGUCUAAGGAUGCCGAAGGUGAAGCAACAUGCAAACACAUAUUUAGGAUUCCCUUGUGUAACUUGGUGGGCCGCAGCAUUGAGAGACCCCUGAAGUCCCCCCUGGUCAACAAAGUGCUGACAACACCGGCCCCCACCAUGGUGCCCGCCGCCCCUCUCAUCUCAACACACUCGCUGUCCUUAUCUCGCAUGGAGAUCAAGGAGAUAGCCAGCCGCACACGGAAAGAGCUGCUCGGCUUGACGGAGGAGCCAAGUGGGAAAUCGGACAACGGAUCGGUCAAACAGAGAAAAAUGAGCAAGAAGAACACUGAGGAGGAGCCCAAAGCGCGGGCGCUGACAUCCACAAACAGUGACAGGUCAGCGUCAGAGUCCGCUGAAGCAGACCUGGACAUCCAGCUGCACUGUUCAGCCACUUUAGAGGCAGAGCCAGAGAAGGGGGUGCUUCGGGCGGAGAGUCCACCUCUGGCCAGCGCGUUCGCCCUGUCCACACCGUUCGAGGAGGACAUCCUGGACCUUAAGUGAAGACAAUCCCAUCGUGCGCCCGCUCUUGUACAGUCACUUUUACUCUGUUGUUUUGCUUUUAAUUUGUUUGUUGACCUCCUUUUUUUUUUUUUUUUGUUCUCCCCCUCAUAUUUUGUCGACAUCCCGAUGUGUGUGGCACGAGUGGGAAGUUGUGUACGUGUUUGUGUUUGUUUUGUGUGAGCAAAACCUCAGCCGCAGUGUGUUGGUUGUUUUAUGUUGGCCUUUGGCAAAUAACCCAAAGAGGUGGUGACGUUGUGUGAUAUGCUCCUGUGUGAGAAGAGUUUGACCCCAGACCACAAAUUGAAUGUAAAUCUGCACACCAAGGUACACAAAAUACGUGUGUCCACAAAGACCACAAAGACACUGAAAUCCCUGUAUGUUAUAUAUUAUGUGAUUAUUUCGAAUCCACUUCCAAAUGUUGUAUGAUAAGCAUAUGUAUGUGUACAUCUGUUUGUAUGACAGGUAUAAGCCUGUCUGGCCAGUGAUGCAUAUUUAUAGAUAUAUUAUAAAAAUGAAAUAAGAAAUUUUAUUCCCACACUUUGUAAAAGUAUAAUGUUUUAUGCUCUCUGCACAUUUGAGUCCUAAUGGCUCUCCUUACUCACUACUUUACAGAUUGACAGGGCUGGAGGCAAAGUCUCCCACAAGUGCCAUUUCCCAACAUCCAUCCUUGAACUAGCUCACCAAUGAACACCGUAUUCUGGGAUCUGACAGUAGCAGCCAUGUUUGUAGUCCACAGUCGAUGGCAUUGGUAAUCCACAACUCUAAACUGCUGGAGACAGUCUCUUGAAGCUACAAUGAUUGAAUAUUUUACCCCAUGAAAAAAGAGGGUUUGACUCAGCACACUGGAAGUAGUUGAGCCACAAAAUAAUAUCUGAUAUAUCAGCAAAAAUCCCACCUCGGUAUCAGAUAUUAUGUAUGAGAUGGUACUGCAAUUUUAACCAAAUUUUAGAUAGAAAGUUUGAAUGGAGUAUAUAAUCACUGAAUUUAAUUUUAAAUAUAUAUAUAUUUAUGUCUACAUUAAUAUGUAGUAUAUAUAUAUAUACAUAUGAGGAAGAUAUUGAUGCUAAUAUUAAUGUCUUUCAUUAACUGCUCUCUGUUAAAUGUCAAAUUCUAAACUCAUGUCAGAGUUGCUGCACUCCAUUUUUCCACAUAAACAGUGUUUACAUCAACUCUAAAGUUAUCACUACAGCUGGGAAAAUUCAUUAUCAAAUUCAGCUCUUAUCGUUGCAUAGACGCCUGAGAACGUAUUAAAUAAGGCCUCACAUUACCCGAACACUGACAUCUCCUUUUAUUAGACUGGGUAUCUAUACAUAUGGUGUGAUAUUGUGAAUGCAACCAUAAAGCCAUCUCAAGAAACGUGAAUCUUUCCUGUCAUCUGUGGCAAAAAAAAAAAAAACUCAAGCCUUAGCUAUGAUUGUGCACCAUUGCUAGACUGCCCAACAGUGCAGCCUUCAAGUGAUUCAUGAAAUUAAGCAUAUUUGUUUGAAUGGCUGCACAUGAACCAGCAGGUGGCUGUUGGUUCAGGUUUUUAUCUUUGACGGUGUCUUUUUAAACGAUUCAAGACACAGGAAACCUUAAUCGGCUCCUUGCUGAAAAGACUUUCAUCAGGUUAUUUUCUCGAGAUGCCUUUAAAGCCAAACAAUGUUUUUUCAAAGCAAGUUUUGAGGCUCAAGAGAAAUUAAUCAUGUAAAUGAAUCUAAUUUGUUACUAUCAGUAUAUGUGUAAAGACAACAAAACUGGUGUUGCUUCAGGUUAUUGGUGCCUUUGAGCCCCAUCAA